GUAGUGUUGUAUCUUAGUUAUAGACACCUUGGCAUGUUAGUAGGGAAUUGACGAACGAGCGAACAAUAAAUGAGACAGUUGAUUGUGGAUCACGAAGCUGACAAGACGUGCUUAUUCAAGACACUACAUUUGGCGACGAGUGAUAAACAGAUUUAACAGGAAAAGAGCGACAAUGAAUACACCCGGUAAGCAUUGUGUAGCUUGCAGUGGAAAUAAAGAAGACAAACGAAUGUGAGCGAAGUUGCUUAAAUGCAGUAAAUCUUGAUUAAAUUCGGAAAGAUGAUCGUGCUUAUAUGCAGAAAUGUGUUUAAAUGCAGAACUUUAGCUUAAAUGCCGUAUAAAACGAAAGUUAGAAAUUUGCUUCAAUGCAGAGUUCAAAAGGAACUUCUUUUUCGAACACAACUAACGCCGGAAAGUGGCGGGAAAAGUUUGGCCUAAAUGUAAAAAGGAGAAUGCCAACAAUGGAAUGAUGAGCUUGGCGUCCGUUUCUUAAGAAUUGCUUCAAUGCAGUAAGAAAGGAAAAUUACAAGGUAGAAAGUACUCGGAUACGAGUAGUGAUGAACUGAGAAAACAUGCAUAAACGUGUAUAAGUGGUUGCGCGAUCGGAUGAGAACAACAAGCGUUGCUUCAAUGCAGAAUAGAACGGUUCGGAGAAACCAUGAGUUAUACCUAGUGAAAAAAAGACAUAGACGCGUCGGAUCGUAACGAUACUUCGGAAACAUGGAAGAAAAAAAAUUGUGGAAAGUUACAAGUUGGAAGCCAUGUUUUCUUGCAUAGUGUGUAUGAGAGAGAGAAAGAGAGAAAGGGUGGAUGCGAUUUCCUUUUUAUUACUUUAAAGUAUGGCGGUAUUUUCCGUACAGUUGACUUAUUUAUUUUUGUCCUAUAAAUUUUAUUGCAGACAUGUUACGAAUGCCAGGCCUUGCGCUUCAGCCAUUCAAUUAUGAAGGGCAUUCGGAAAGCAUUGGCGUAGAGUGGAAAAAGUGGCUCAGAUCAUUCGAAUUUAUGCUUCGAGCAUGCCGCGUUGACGACGAAGGUUGGAAGAAAGAUCUGCUGCUACACUUUCUGGGCCCAAAUGUGCAACAAAUAUUUGAGACAUUACCGGAUUUACCAAACAUCAACAUGCGAGGACCAUUUUUAAAUGUGGAGCGAUACACUCCGAACAUGACGGCUUACCAGGAAGCAAUAGCCAAGUUGGACCAAUUCUUUCUACCGAAGCAAAAUUCUACAUACGAACGGCACCUAUUGCGUAAAAUUAAACAACAAUCGGGAGAAUGCUUCGAUACUUUUAUUAUGAAGUUGAGGUUACAAGCGGAACGUUGUGGAUUUGGUGAUAGGACGGAAGAGUACGUGAAAGAUCUGAUAAUUGAAAAUUGCCAAUCGGCUACAUUACGGCGAGAGCUACUAAAACAAGAGAACGCUAGCCUUGAUAAAGUAGUAAGCAUAGCGAAAAUAUUCGAAACGGUUAGCCACCAAGAAAAGUCAUUCUCGGAUCACAAAGACCCUGUAGAACAGGUGAAUGUAGUCGAAGAAUCUCAGAAUCGGAAAAAGAGAAAGAUAUUUGAAGCCAAACAAACUGAGUGUCAUCGUUGUGGAUACUCAGGGCAUUUAGCAAAAGACGAUAAAUGCCCGGCAAAAGGGAAAUUUUGUAACAAAUGUGGCGGCAGAGACCACUUUUCUAAAAAGUGCCGCACUAAGCCAUCGGGAAACUACCUGAAGAGAACUUAUCAAAGACAGGAUCGCUACAAAACGUCGAACAACGUAAAAACGGAUAAAGAGACGACAAACGCAGUGCACCAUGUUGAUAAAGGAAACACGGAAUAUGUUUUCCAUUUAACGUCUGCAGACAGCAACAGCGAAGUGUGUUGUGAAAUCGGUGGUAUCCCUUUGACAGUAGAAAUCGAUUCCGGUUCAAAAUAUAACUUGAUUAGCCAAGUAACAUGGGAAAAAAUGAAAUCCCAGCACGUUGAAGUGACAAACCAACGACGGGAGACCACAUUAACUCUCAAAGCGUAUGGUGGGCAAUCUUUACCAAUAGUUGGUGUGUUUACUGCUGCGAUUUCCCUUGGUAUAGCUAAAACAACUGCAGAUUUCUAUGUUGUCGGAGGUGAUGGGAAAACUCUUAUUGGCCGGGAUACUGCUACCUAUAUGGGUGUUUUAAAAAUAUGCGUACCAGUGAAUGCAGUUGAUAGCAAAAUUGGAAAAUUAGGAACUAUCAAAAACAUCGUAUUGGAACUUCCAAUUAAACCAGACGUGACACCUUUUGUCCAACGUUACCGCCGCAUACCAAUUGGCCUGGAGAAACUGGUAGAUAAAAAGCUCGAUGAAUUGCUACAUCAAGGAGUUAUUGAGCCUGUUAAUGAACCGGCCAAGUGGGUAUCGCCGGUAGUAGUCGUUCCUAAAGGAAAUACUGACGUUCGCAUAUGUGUAGAUAUGCGGCGCGCUAAUGAGGCAGUAGAAAGGGAAAAUCACCCUUUACCAACUUUUGAAGACUUUUUACCUCAAAUGGCUAAGGCAAAAGUCUUUUCUCGUCUGGACAUAAAGAAUGCUUUCCAUCAGGUGGGUUAG